AUUUCGGAUGUUGUGGUGCCAGGCCAAGAGGACAUCACAGCUAAGGAGGCCCUGCUGCUGUGGAGUCGCAGGACCACAGAUGGCUACCCAGGAGUCAAGAUUCGGGACUUCUCCUCAUCGUGGAGAGAUGGCAGGGCUUUUCUGUCCAUUCUACACAGGAACAGGCCAGAUUUGGUGGACAUCCGACAGAUGAGGCAGAACAGCAACAAGCAGAACUUGGAGUCAGCAUUUAGUAUAGCUGAGAGGGAGCUGGGUGUCACCAGACUUCUGGAUACAGAUGAUGUGGAUGUACCCAACCCAGAUGAGAAGUCAAUCAUCACCUACGUGUCCUCCCUGUAUGAUGUCUUCCCGGAGGUGCCCAGUGUUGAGCAGUCUCUGAAGGACAAUGAGCGGAAACUCAAAGCCGAGGAGUAUCGAGAAGAGGCCGCCUUACUGCUCACCUGGAUCAGAGAUUCUAUCAAGUUGAUGCUGAGUAGAAAUUAUCCUUCCACACUUAUUGAGAUCAAAGCUCUUCAGUCUGGCUUUAAUCGGUUCCGCAACGAGGAUGUGCCACCUCAUCUAGAGGUCAGAAACAAACUGUUAAAGCUCUUUGAUGAGAUACAGAGCUUAACCACCGACCCUUCACAGAUGAGCAUUGAGGAUGAGUUGCUGCCUCACAACGUGUCGCGGAUGUGGAGCAGGUUUGAGGCCGCCAUGCAGGAGAGGGACAUGACCUUGCAAGCAGAAGUCAUCAGAUUGGAGCGCUUGCAUCGACUGGCGGAGAAAGUGCAGCGGGACGUCCGAUAUAACGAGGAGACACUGGCAGAUUUGAGUCGCAGGAUAGAAGACACCGUACGUGGCCAGGAGCUGAUGCACGCUUUUGAAGCCAAACGCAACUGUGAUGCUCUCGAUCGAGCUCUAAAGGGUGUUGAGGAAUCUCUGAGAGGCCUCUUUCGUGAUUGCCAGACUUUGCAAGAUGGCAGUCAUCCUCACGCUGAGCAGCUGUACAAAAGAGUGUCUGAUCUGCAAGCCAAAGUAUCCAGUCUGAGGAAUCACCUGCACAGUCAGGUGUUGCAUCCUCUGAUGGCUCGACCAGGGGAUGAUGUCCGCGAACAUCUCACCAAGACCCAGGCUGAGGUUGUCUCUGAGGGCAGGCUUAUGGAGACUCAUCCUGCCUUCCGACACCUGCAGGACUGCCUGGACUGGAUUGAUGCCAAGCAGAGACACCUGGAGGAGAACAAGUAUGAGAGUGAGCUCACCCUGGUGUUGCAGCAGCUGGCUAUACAUAAGGCAGAGCAUGAGGAGAUUCAGUCAUUCCGAUCACGUAUUGACAAGUGUAUCAGUGAUAGAGUUAAUCUUUCGUCUGAAGAACAAAAAGUGUAUACACAGAAACUUUCCAAAGUUGAGGUGGCUUAUUCCCUUCUUUCAAAAACAUCCAGUAGACGGCUACGCUGUCUGGAGUCGCUGGGUGAGUUUAUUCAGCUGGCAACUGCUGAGAUGUCAUGGCUGUCUGAGAGAGAAGAAGUUGAGUUAUCUCGUGACUGGGGUGCCAAUGAUUUGAACCUUCCAGAACUUGAUGAAUAUCACAAGUCUCUGGUUCGACAGAUGGAGUCUCGAGAAAGUCAGUUUAAUGCUGUACAAGAGAAGGGUGGUGCAAUGAUCUUGGACAGGCAUCCCUCAGCCCGCACAGUGGAGGCAUACAUGUCCAACCUGCAGUCUCAGUGGUCGUGGCUUGUCCAGCUGCGCUGGUGUCUGGAGGCACAGAUCAAACACUGCACAGAUCACAACAGGUUUUUUGAGGAGGCCCAGCACUGUGAGCAUUGGAUGGCCCGCCACUCAGAACUUCUCCAGAAUCGCUUCUGCUCAGACAACAUUCCUAUAGACCAAGCACAGGUCUUGCUAGCAGAGCUGCAGGAUCUCCAAGACCAGAUUCGAGAAUAUGACCGCCGGAUUUCAUCUCUGGUCAUUAAAAGUCGAGAUAUCAUCCCCCUGAAGCUCCGCUCCCAGAGAGUCGCAGCCCCCAUCAGGGUUCGAACACUGUGUGCAUGCCACCAGCAGGAUGUGUCUUUACAGCGAGGAGAGGAAUGCUUCCUGGUCAGCAAUUCCCAGAGGACAAAGUGGAAGGUAAAGACAAUGACAGGUCUGGAGGUUGAUGUGCCAUCUGUGUGUUUGUUGAUUCCUCCCCCAAAUCAAGAAGCCAUAGAUAUGGCCAACAGACUCAAGCUUCACCAUGAGAGGCUGGCAUCCCAGUGGAAGACGCAGCAGAGAAAGGUCCGCAUGGCUGCCAUCUUUGCUGCCAUCAGACAGAUCAAAAGCUGGGAUCUGAAAAAGUUUCUGGCCAUGGAUCCUGCACAGAGAGAAGCAGUCUGGCGGGCGUUGAAGGAGGAUGGUCACAAGCUGAUUGCUGAGUGUGGCACCUCAGACAGGGACAUGCGCAAGUUGUCGGAGGAGCUCAAAGAGUGUGAGCGCAUCUACCAGGACCUGUGUGAGAAAGCUGCAGCUAAAGAAAGUCACCGUGGGAUCAGCACUGCUCAGGCUGUUCUCCAGAAAGUGGAGACAUUGAGUAGGGAGCUGAGUCUCACAGAUCAGCAGCUGUCGGCUCUGCUUCAUCGACCACUUCCCCAGAAUAACUUGGGUGUGCAAGAAUCAUUCCGAUCCUACAGAGAGUUCCAAUUGAAGUUUGAUAAGCAAGAAAGUGAGAUGAGGAGUUUACAGACCGAAGUGAAAGAGUUGUCCCCCCGCAGCUCUAACAUUGAGUCUAAGUUGAAUCUCAUGGUACAGAAAACUGAACAAAUGAAAAGCCUUUCACAUCUUUAUGUUGAUAGGUUGAAAGGAUGUGAGGUCGUCAUCUCAGGGUUAAAUGACGUGAAGCAGCUGGUGGCAGAUUUUGAAUCAUCACUGGCAUCUCACGACAACAUGACCUCUGACCUGUCGGAGUUGAAGACACUGAAGAAUGAACUUGUGGGCUUCCAAGAAACACUUCAACAGCACCAGCCGAAACUCCAACAGCUGAAGGAGGAUGUGGAGUCACUGCGCACUUUAGUGGAGCGCAGCCGACCAGGCACCACAAAGCACCAUGAUGUGGACUCUGUUGAGAAGGAGGUCGAUGACCUGGUCAAACGCUGGGACCAAAUUUGUAUCCAGGUCGUUGAAAGAAUGCGAAGUGUUGGCUCCUGCCAGAACCUCCUGACCCUCUACCACAAUGGCUUGCACUCAGAACAGACCUGGGCCUCUCAGAUGCAGAAGAGGAUAUCCUCACAGCCGCCUCUCACAGAGGAUGUCACAGAUGCCAAGCGUCAGUUGCAACCAACUAUGGCGAUCUACAACUCCCUUGGGGACAGAAGACAUCAAUUAGAGUCAGUCAACCGGCAUGGAGGCCAAUUCAUCCGUGAAGCUAAGAUUGCCGACAAGCGAUUAAAACAGUUCAAAGACAGUGUUGCAGAGACUGACAGAUCGUCUGAGGUCCCAGACUCCAAGAAACUGAAGCACCAGGAUGGCUCAGAUGUGGUCAGGGAUGAACUAGAUCACUUAAACAAGUUGUAUAUAGAAAUGGUCGACUGGGCGAAUAUCCGCUUGAAGCAGAUCACUAGCAUACUGUCAGCCCAUGGGGAAAUGCAGAUGGUGAUUGAUGAGGAAAUGCCAUUGUUGCGUACAUUCCGUGCAGAGCUGGCCAAACGGUCUUCCAUGUUGGUGGACUCAGACAUGAGAGAAUACUUUACUCAACAAUUUGAGGGCCCAACUCCGUCCCAAGCCAGCUACGGUGCCACACCAGAACAGCUGUUCAAGACCACCCUACAGCUGCGCCCAGAGUCUUCCUUAAAUUCAGAAUUUGCUGAAGUUACAAAGGUCAUUAAGCUCCAGUCCAAGUCACAAGAGGAGGAUUCUGCAGUAGACAGAGCUGCAUCAGCUCCCAUUGAUUUGGCUGAGACACUGAAGGCAAUGGAAAAUUCCUCCACACCUGUGUCCAUUCUGCCCAAGGCAGAUUCCAAGCUGCCAGGAAGAAAAGAGCAGAUCAUGCAUCGUGAACAAAUUGUGAUUACAAUCAAGGAAGAGGAGAUAACACCUAGAGGGCAGGUUUUGCAUGUCGCUGCCAUUUUUAACCCAUUGACAACAAGGAAAGUUACUCUUGUGGAAGCCUUGCGGAUUGGGCUUUUGGAUACUAAGACAAAAUCAUUUACUGAUCCUUCAACAGGCCAGAAAGUACCACUGGCACAAGCAGCCAAAAAGGGAUUCAUUGAUGAAGUAGUUCUGAAGCAGCUGACCUCCCCUUGUGGGACACAGGAUCCACAAACAGGAGAAGAGUUAUCCCUCUUGGAUGCUAUACAGAAGAAACUGUAUGAUCCAGUCAGUAACUCUUUUGCUGAUAUCACAGCUGGAGAGCAGGUGUCAGUGUCUGAAGCUGUUGCUAGAGGAAUAAUUUCUGAAUCCUGCUCUCGGAUCCUCAUUGGGGAGACAGUGGAAGUCACCUCCGUGACACGCACACGUGCUGUAUUCACAAAUGCCGAGCCAUUCAAAUUGGAUUCAGGGCUGAGUCUGGGGACGGUUCUAGAGAAGAACUUAUGCAGUGAAAUAACAGGAACUGUCACCGAACCAAUGUCUGGCGUGGACAUGAACAUCAUGGAGGCUGUAGAGAAGGGGUUCAUUGAUCCAAGUUGUCACGAAAUCAAAGAUCCUAAGGGUAGAAGCUACCUGACAUUGACAGAAGCAGUUGCUGCAGGGGUGGUGGAUCCAUUUAAGGGCACAUACAAUGAUAAGACCACCGGUCAGAAACUGCCCUUGUCUGUGGCUUUGAGUAAAGGCUUGGUGAGGACAGCUCUUUCUCUCGCAGAUGUUGUGUCUCAGGGAAGUCUGACAGAAGAUGGACAUGUUUUUGAUCACAGCACUGGAGAGAUUUUAACUUUAGCAGAAGCAUUUGCUUCCGGUGUCAUCAGUGUUAAUAAAAAGUGCAUCCUAAAUCCGCAAACAGAUGAAGUCAUGUCCAUAAAAGAUGCUAUCACCAGCAAGUUGAUGACUCCUUCAGGUUUAUUUGUGAGCCCAGAUGGUACAUCUCAGGUGCCUGUUCUUGAUGCUUUGACGCUGGGACUAGUUAAACUAGCCCGUGAGGAAGUCUGUUUUUCCAGUAGAGGUGUUAAAGACCCCAGGAUCAAUGAAGUGGUCACUUUGUCUGAGGCGUUAAAGAGAAGCAUCAUUACACCUCAGGGAGCAUAUGUAGACAGCAGAACUGGUCGAGAGAUGACCCUGCAGCAAGCUGCAAACUCAGGGCUUGUUGACCACAAGCUGAUGAAAGACUUGCAGAAACCAACCAGCAUUAAAACUGCACAGGGCAGACAUGUAUCCAUUGCUGAGGCCCUUAAAUUAGGGAUAGUGGAUGCACAGACUGGGUCAUUUGCGAAUGUCAGAACUGGAGGAAAGCAUAGUAUGCAAGAGGCUGUAUCUCAAGGUUUAAUUACAGCUUCAGAUGCUACAAAGGUUCUCAGUCUUUUAAGUUCUGUGACCACAAUAACUACUGUUCUCACUCAGGUAGAAUCUUCUCAGCCAGCAGGAGGUGCCUUAACCAUUUCCCAAGCCAUUGCACAAGGAUACCUCAAUGAGAAGACUGGCAUCUUCAGAGAUCCAAAAACUGGUCAUCAACUGCCGCUUGAUGAAGCCAUUCAUAAGGGUUUACUGAGUCUGUCAUCAGAGAGGACAACACCUCCCUCACCGUCGGCAUUCAGGAGUGACAUUGACUCACAGAACAAUCGACUGCUAUCAGAAACAUUUAUGACAGAUAGUUCAGGUGGUGCCUCAAGAACCAUUCCUAUUGAACCAGGGUCCAAGAAACUUGAAUCAAGCUCCAUGACAAAAACAGGUUCUCAGUUUGCAUUCACUACCACCACACUUGCCAAGCCUCUUGUGAUGCAUUCAGUCAUCUCAGAAACAAGAGAGAUCACACUAAAGUCAGUGCUAGACCCAAGAACUGGCAGAGAACUUGAUGUGGAAGAUGCAGUAAAAAGAGGAUUGAUAAGCAUUGAGAAUGGCCAGUACACUAACCCAAUGACAGGAGAGAAAAUGUCAUUGAACAAAGCCAUAGACAGGGGUUUGAUUAAAGCCGAGCAGGGGGAUGGCAGUCAGAAAGGUGGAGUUGCCAUCAAGGAUACUAGAGUAUUCUCUAUUGUAGGUGUGCUGCAUCCAGUGACAAGAAAGCGGCUGACAGUCAGCCAGGCUUUAGCUGAGGGAUUUCUAAACCAAACACAGGGAGUUUAUAACUUUGUUGACGGCUUGGGAAACCAGCAAUCAAUGAAGAUUAGUGAAGCUAUUGAGAAAGGAUAUGUCCUUGUUGAAGAUAUCGGGGAUUUGACUGUGGGUCCAGAUUCGUUGCUAAGGGAAACCAAGUCUUACAUCCUGAAGGGUGUGGUCCAUCCCAUCACGGGGAAACACAUGAGCAUAGCUGAUGCCAUUGCUGAAGGAAUUCUGGAUGACUCCGAGGGGCUUUAUAUCAAUCCACUCACUGGAGAGAGCAUGCAUAUACACAGCGCAAUUGAGAAGGGAUUCAUCCUGGCCGAACUGACCUCAGUCAAAACUGAUGUGGACAAAAAUGUCAACAAGAUCACAACAACAAAGCUGACCACUCUUGCGGUCACCGCAGUGGUGGAUCCGCGGACUGGCAACCUCAUCUCAGUGUCCAAGGCUAUAGAGGAGGGUAUUUUGAACCAGACCAAAGGCAUCUAUGUGAAUCCACUAACAGGUGAAUCAAUGACCCUGAGUGAUGCUAUAGAUAAAAGGCUGGUCCUAGCAGAGUCCCCAGAAGCACAGUCAGAUGAUCCGUUAGAGAAGGCUGAGAUCUCUAGCAUACACAUCACUGAUGAACAGGAGUCUCAUGAGACAACUCUGAUAGAAGAUGUCCGCUCAGAGACAAUUACCAUGAGCAUCACCAGCGUUGUUGACCCUGCAACUAUGCAGAUGGUCUCCUAUGACAGAGCCGUAGAUUCCGGCAUCUUGAAUGUCAGAAAAGGCCUCUACUUCAACCCCUUUACUGGAGAAAGUAUGACAAUCUCUACAGCUUUGGAGAAGGGCCUGAUCCAUGGAGAAAUCACUUCAAAGCGACGAGAUGAUGACCUCUUGAGAAGUGCUGUUUCAUCAGCCUUACCAGCAGUUCCUCUUAAAGACAUAACAUCUGUCAUUGAUCCCAGAAAUCAAGAGGAAAUCUCCUUUGAUAAAGCAGUUAAAGAUGGUAUUAUCAACCCAGAGAAAGGAACUUACAUUAACCCAAGAACAAAUUCGGAAAUCAGCCUCAUGAAAGCCAAGGAGCUGGGAUAUCUGUUGGAAUCAAAACAGUCAAGUGCUGCCCAGUUAGAAAAAUCUAUAGAAGAAGGAGAUCUGCUGGAAGCGAGACUAUCAUCUCCACGAUUACCAAGAGAAGCCAACAAACCAUGGUCGAAAGUUGACAUGGAGCUAGAGAAAACAGUUAUAACUGAUGGAUCCUUAGGAGAUAGUAGUGUAGCAACAGAGGUUCUUCAUUACUCUGCAGAGGUUGAACAGGGAAGUGAUGCAUUUGAAGGUCGGGGUAAGAAACCACACUCGUUACUGGUUGUAGAUCCUAUUACUGGAGAACAGUUGACAAUGGAUGUGGCACUGGAGAAAGGUCUUGUGGAUCGAUCAGGAUCUGUUGUGGAUAGACAGGCUGGUAAAAAACUGUCCCCUCAGGAGGCUUUGAAAAUGGGAUUAAUGGUCAUAGCUGGUGCCCCACUUGUGGCAGGAAAGAUGGUUGUUGAUGCAAUUAAGGACAGAAACAGCAAAGCCAAGACAGUGGUAGCUCACUCUGAAGUUAUCACAGAGGGUACAGAGUCCUAUCUGUCACCUUCUAGAAAUACUGUGCACCGUGGGGUUACUCCCGCCAGGUCAGGCAGUCUGCAAGGUGAGGAUCAGCAGAUCAAUGACACACAAGUUGAUAGACAGAGAAGCCCAGGAUCUCCAGUUGUUGGAGUUGUGGGCAAACCAGUUACAAUCACUGUGGACCCUGGUUCCUUACCAGCCUCAUCUGUUCAUAAAACCAGCAGUGCAACAACCGUCACAUUCCAAAAGAGAAUGUCAACAUCCUCAUCUUCUGAGGAACCUACAUCAAACUCAGCAGAUGUUUUGUCUCAUAAAAUUGUGUCAUCUGUUUCAAAAUAUACAGUUUCUGAACACUCAGACAGACAAGACGGUUUUUCAAAAAUCCCAACUCAUUUGCAGGAUAUAAAAAUCAGGACACUCAAGGUAUCAAGUGUGAAGAAUGUGGACAUCAAUUGGGAAAGUGGAGAAGUUUCAGACAAAUUGAGCGGUAAAAAGUUAACUGUUAAAGAAGCUGUGGAAAAGGGAGUCAUUGAUUCUGAUCUCAUAAAGUCAAUAGCUCAGGGUUCCUCCCAAAAAUCUUAUGUCAGGCCAGGUGUGAACAUUGAUUGGGUCCGGGGCACAGUCACUGAUCAGUCCACAAAUGAGACUUUGAAUGUAGAGGAAGCUUUGAAGAAGGGACUGAUCAACAUGCCCACAGCUUCUGCCUUGGCAACAAUGUAUGAAAGAAUUGCAGAGUUUACAGAAGCUGAGAAACAUGUAGCCUCACAUAGCACAGAGCCAUACACAUCUAGGGACCAGGGGCAGCUAAGUGUAAGCCAAACCAUAGACCCCGACCUCUUUGAUGAUCAGAGAGGUGUGUUUCAUGACCAGGCAACUAACAAGGACAUAUCAUUUCAAGAAGCUGUAGACAGAGGCCACAUUGAUGGGAAUCUCACAGUGGUUGAUGUUAAAACUGGAGAAGUUUAUUCACUGAAAGAAGGGAUCAAAGAUGGAAGGAUUGAUGCGGUCACUGGACAUUAUGUUGAUGAGGAAAGUGGUAAGAAGAUGACACUGAAGGAAGCUGCAAAACUGGGUGUUCUUGCUUUGGUUGGAGCUCCAGUUGCUGCUGCUGUUGCUGCUAAAGAAUCAUUGACUUCUUUCCUUAGUGACAGGAGCAGUAAAGACUCCAGCCCUGAAGACAGAGGUUCAUUCUCAGCACCAGUUGACAGACAGUUGUCUUCAGAUUCAAGACAGAUAAGAAGGAGUGUCUCAGACACCAAAUCUCUUGAGUCUAUGUCACUUACAGAAGCAAUCUCCAGUGGCCAUCUGAGUACCAAAACGGGCAUCUUUACUGAUCCAGUCUCUGGGAGGAAUAUGCAGAUCAGAGAUGCUGUCAUGAGUGGCCUCAUUGACAAGGAUUCUGCCAAUAUACUGGAUUCAGAAACCGGUAAAGCUGUGAAUUUAGAAUAUGCUCUACAGCAUGGUCUUCUGGAUGACCGAGGCCGUGUUGUUGAUUCACAGUCAGGACUGGGUAAGGACUUAAAGCAGUGUAUCAGUGAUGGCACUCUGCAGGGAGUACAGCUACAAGAUGUGUCAAAAACUACUGGGGAAUUAAACACUAGAACUAGUGAAAGCUUGGCUCUUAAUGAUGCUGUGAAACAAGGCCUCCUGAAAGAUGUACAGACUGCAGAUUCUGCCAGAGCUACAAAAAGAAAUAACAGGGAGGAGAUUGAUGCUCAGAUUGAAGAAUUAGCGGCACUCGGCAGACAGGAUUUUACAUCAAAUGGUGUGGUUGUUAGUGACCUUCAAGACAAGUCCAGAUUUACAUCUGAAUCGGAAAAUGGACUGUAUUCAGACAGACCUCUGGGAGGUACUAAAACGGAUAUUUCACCACUUGGUAGCAAAGAUACAUUCACCGUAGGACUCCAGAAGCAAAAUACACAAGAAGCAAAGCAGAUAAGUGUGUCCAGAGUUUAUGACCCGAGUACUGGGCUCAAGGUAGGACUUGAUGAAGCCAUUGAGAGAGGCCUUGUUGAUGAGACCUGUAGUGUAUUUAAUGAUCCGGUCACAGGGGCACAAAUGAGGAUAGAGGAUGCAAUGAAAGAGGGAUUAGUCGCUGGUUUUAUUCAAACAGUUUCAACAUCACAGAGUUCGGUCACAUCCAAGAAGCCGGCAGGUACCUAUAACAUCACUGGGGUUCUGGACACUGAGAGUGGCCAGGAGCUUAGUGUUGAAGAAGCCAUUAGUAAAAAGAUUCUAGAUCCUUCUGGCACGUACACAGAUCCACUGACAGGUGAGGUUAUCCCCCUUGCUGAAGCCAUGAAGCUUGGCUAUGUAUUAUCAGAAAAGAUCAAGAAAACUCAUUUGUCUAGCAACAUGACCAGUCAACAGGCAGAGCCUGUCACAUUUCAAGAUGCCAUGGAGCAGGGUCUGAUCAAUCCUAAUGCUGGGACAUUCUUUGAUGCAUCUUCCCAGAAGACAUACCCUGUUGAUGAGGCUGUUAGGUCUGGGUUAAUUGUUUCAUCAGAUGGAAAACCAUUUGAGUACAGAGGAAUUAGCGACACUGGGGUUACAUACAGCUUCAGGGCAGCUUUACAAACUGGGAUCAUCAGCUCAGACACCUGCUUGUUUUAUGAUAGUUUAACAGGUGAAUGCAUUUCUAUUGAAGCGGCACUUCAAGAGGGCUACCUUUCCCCAGUUGCUGGUACACAUGGUGGGCGAGCUGUUGGGGAAUCCAUUGUUAUGCUGAAAGAGGGUGUUGCUUCCAGUGCAGCAUCCACAUUGGAGGAGAUAAUAGAUUCCAAGACUGGAGAGAAGUUAAGUCUGGAUGAAGCAGAAAGGAGAGGUCUAGUGUCGGUGGUGAAAAAUAACAGUAAGAUGACACUGAGUGAGGCUAUUACAAGUGGACUUGUUGAUAGCAGUACUGGCCUCCUCCAUGACCCAGUGACUGGAGAAAGUAUGUCCAUAGAUCAAGCAGUGAUGUCUGACAUUAUCAGUGUCAGUGAUGCUGAAGAUGAUGCCUUGGGAAAUGGCUACAGUCCUGAUACAGACACUGAACCAAUGAAUAUAGCCACUGCCAUCAGCCAGGGCUAUCUGGAUACUACCACAGCUACAUUCACAGACCCAUUCACACAAGAGGCCCUAUCUGUGUCACAAGCCGUACAGAAGGGGCUGCUCAAACCAACUCUGACAGUUGAAGAACCAGCUGUUUACAGUCCAGAAGUACUGGACGGUAGAAGAGACAGCACCAACAUUUUAUCAAGAUCCCACAAAGUGGUGUCUGAUGUUCUUCAUGAAGCUUCACACUCAGGCCCUGACUCUGCCUCUGGAUUAACCCAAAAAGACAAAACUGCUAGAGUGUGGCCCCUGAAAGGUUUAUCUCUUGAAGACACCCAGCCACAAUACAUGGAUGAAGAGAGCGUUGAUGGAAUGGCAUCACGUGAGACAUCUUCAAGUGGUCGCCAUAUAUCAUCCCGACGUUCCAGCUCUCAGGACAGAUGCCCAACACCAGCCACCCCUGUAA